UCGCACAGCGCCGUCGUGUAUAAAUAUGCAAAAACGACAACACAAUUCUCCAACUGCUGCGGAGAUUCGAGAGACAUCGUUUUGUUUACAAACAGUAACUCCUCAGCAUGCAAACUUUUACAACUCUCGUAUUCUGCUUGGGCCUGGCCUUGGCGUAUGGUUCUCCCACUGGUCGAGUUCCCUGCAGUGAUCUUACUGGAACAUGGAGGAACCAGUUAGGUUCGAAUAUGACUGUGACCCGUAUUGGGAACUCGCAUAAGUUCACUGGACGCUACAACACCUCAGUAGAAAGUACUGCUGGAGCUUCCACUAUUUCUUCCGACAUUUCCGGUCAAGUACAGCCUGUAGCAGGUGGAAGUCUUGUAGCAUUUAAUGUUCUUUGGAACCAUGGCGCUUCUUUAACCGCUUGGGUUGGUCAGUGCCUCGUGUGCGAUGGCCAAGAAAAACUGUACACCACUUGGGUCCUACGAUCUGUUCAAAUUCCUAGAAAGAGGUGGAUGAGUACCAGAAUCAACCAGGACACCUUCUGGAGGGUGGAUGAGAACCAGGCCACUGCUCUAGAUGGAAACGUAAAUGUCCCAACUUCUGAUGUGUUAGGAAAUUGGAAAUCAGUUACUGGAGAUUCUGUUGAAAUCACUCAGGCUUCCGAACAGGGUUCGAUGGAAGGUUUACAUAAAGCACCGGGUGCCGCAAAUGGUGCCACUGUCUAUGGCCGUUUUGAUGGCAAUCAGACGUAUACUGCUCUCGGAUUUGCUGCCGCCAACGAUCAGUAUAUCAGAGGCUGGGCAGGACAUAUAUACAAUUCUGAAGACCGGGUGAUGGAAACAUCAUGGCUGUCACACAAAUUUUCUAACCUGUGCAACGAUCCCAGAAAAUAUGUGGAAUAUGGAAUGGACUACUAUUCCAAAUGAAGCGAAAGUGAGAGAAAAGAAACUAAACUCUUCAUUUGAAGUGGGUAAAAAAAAAAGGAUUUAGUUUCAGCCGUGUAAUGAACAUCAGAUUAUUUUCUUUUCGUGAAUGAUUUUUUGAGCAAAUUUGUGUAAUCAUCAUUUAAAAUAUGCUGCAAUAUUUUGAUGAUCAAAAAUAUACUUGGACUAAAGUUAAAUAAAACUUUUAUAUAAAAAAACCCA